AUGCCUGUAAAAACAAGUUACUGUUUGCGCGCGAGCGAUGGCCGCACUGUUUGCGCUACUUCAGUACUUCUUCUGCUCGCCGUAUCUGGAGGCGCCGCCGGCGACGAUGACGCCAGGCUGCCCCGGCUCAAGCUCCGAGACGUGUCCAUGAACGGCUGCGGGAGCGACAUAUCCCAGUCCCAGCGGCGCUUCCUCGUCGGUGGCGGCGGCGGGCUCACGUUCUUCUGCCCGGACGAGGCGUGGCAGGGGCUCGUGGACCUCAUGUCCAAGAACGGCUGCGGGAGCUUCGCGGGCCUCCUCGCCGCGACGGCGAGCGCGGCCGAGAUCUUCCACGAGCACCUCCUCGGCGGCAGCGGGCUCACGGUCUUCUGCCCCGACGACAAGGCCGUCGCCGCGUUCGAACCCACGUUCCGAAGCCUCGCCGCGGGCGACCGGGUGGCCGUCCUGCUGUACCAUGGCGUGGCGUCGUGCUACGGCGGGGAGCGGUUCAAGGGGUUCAACUAUGUGUCGGUGAACACGCUGGCGGAGGACGCGGCGACGAAGAAGAAUCAAGCAAUGUUCGUCUGCGACGAAGGGGGCGCGCUGGAGCUGUGGCCGGCGCCGCCGUCGUACCCGAACGGCGCUGCAUGGGUGACCAAGACGGCGUCGGAGGAGGCCCCGCUCGCCGUGUACGUGGUGGACACCGUGCUGCUGCCGAGCACGGUGGCGUGCGUCGGGUAUCUGGGUUGGCUGCGCUGCUGCAUCGCCCUCUUCCCGGACUGGAUUGUGCCGGUCUGCAUCAGCUGUGUCGCAGGGAGUGUGGUGGGCGCCCUGCUCGGAGUUCUUAUCCUCGAAUUCCUCGACCCCAUCGACUGAGGCAGCAGGGAGGAGGGAUGCACGAAGACGGCCCGUUCUGUGAAUAGGUUGAUCUUGUCGACUUUUUCUGCA